AGUUCUGUUGGCAAUCGUUUAAAGUGCACCUCUAUCAGCGACGCGCUUGCAAAAAAGGAGAAAAUUAGCCAUUUCCCAUUUUGCUCUGACGUUACGCCGUUAUAAGUGCAAGUAUCCAGUAAAAUCUAUAUUCAAUUCUUGGGUUUUUCGGCAUCCGGUAAAAUAUUCUUUGCGGGUCUUAAAACACGUAGCUGUUUUCCUAAGUUUCAGUGCACACGUUUUGCCGCUUCGGCUUUUGUUUUGGCGCCCGAUUUUUUCGGCUGCCGACUUUUGACGCAGACUGAGAAAUUGCGUGCCAAGAAGCCUCGAAAUGGUGGAUCGCAGCGAUAAUGCAGCGGAAUCCUUUGAUGAUGCCGUCGAGGAGCGUGUGAUCAACGAGGAGUACAAGAUCUGGAAAAAGAACACGCCGUUCCUGUACGACCUGGUCAUGACGCAUGCCCUCGAAUGGCCCUCGCUUACUGCCCAGUGGCUGCCCGAUGUGACCAAGCAGGACGGCAAGGACUACUCGGUGCACCGCCUUAUACUUGGCACACAUACAUCUGACGAGCAAAACCACUUACUUAUCGCAAGUGUCCAGCUGCCAAGCGAAGAUGCCCAGUUCGAUGGAUCGCACUACGACAAUGAGAAGGGCGAGUUUGGCGGUUUCGGUUCGGUUUGUGGCAAGAUUGAGAUCGAGAUUAAAAUCAACCACGAAGGCGAGGUCAACCGGGCUCGCUACAUGCCCCAGAACGCCUGCGUAAUCGCUACCAAGACGCCGUCGAGCGAUGUCCUGGUCUUCGAUUACACAAAGCAUCCCAGCAAGCCGGAGCCCUCUGGCGAGUGUCAGCCCGACCUGCGGUUGCGCGGUCACCAAAAGGAGGGUUAUGGCCUCUCGUGGAAUCCCAACCUCAAUGGCUACUUGCUAUCGGCCUCUGAUGAUCACACCAUUUGCUUGUGGGACAUCAAUGCCACGCCCAAGGAGCACCGGGUAAUUGAUGCGAAAAACAUCUUCACCGGACACACCGCAGUUGUUGAGGACGUUGCAUGGCAUCUGCUCCACGAGUCUUUGUUCGGCUCAGUAGCUGACGAUCAGAAGCUGAUGAUCUGGGAUACUCGCAACAAUAACACCUCAAAACCCUCACAUACGGUAGAUGCUCACACGGCCGAGGUUAAUUGUUUAAGCUUCAAUCCCUACUCUGAGUUUAUUCUGGCCACCGGCUCCGCCGACAAGACUGUGGCUCUGUGGGAUCUGCGCAACCUGAAGCUGAAACUACAUUCCUUUGAAUCGCACAAGGAUGAGAUCUUCCAGGUGCAGUGGUCGCCGCACAACGAAACCAUUCUUGCCUCUUCUGGCACCGACCGGCGCCUGCACGUCUGGGAUUUGUCGAAGAUCGGUGAAGAACAGAGCUCGGAGGAUGCUGAAGAUGGACCGCCUGAGCUUCUCUUUAUUCACGGCGGCCACACUGCCAAGAUCAGCGAUUUCUCAUGGAAUCCCAAUGAGCCCUGGAUCAUCUGCUCCGUGUCCGAGGACAAUAUUAUGCAGGUGUGGCAAAUGGCAGAAAAUGUGUACAACGACGAGGAGCCAGAGAUUCCCGUCUCCGAGUUGGAAACUAACACCGCUUAAAGCAUCUGUUCCGCCACCCUUUACACACCCUAAAUUGCAACUGCAACUAAUAUGGAUUAUGUUUUGGCCGUGCCCUAUGUUCAGCUAUCCAGCUUACAUGGCAUUGGGUACUAAUUUUAAUUUAUAUAUAUUUACAUAUUUUUAAAACUAAUUAAGCUCUCAUUUGUCAGCAGAACGUACGAUCUACGAAUCUUUAAUUAAAAACGAUUUGAAAGACCAA